AUGAAAAUCAUACUCUAUGAGGCUUCCGAACUAUUCGGUUAUCCUCUCACCCCUGCUCAUCACAGCCCCCAAUCAUUCCCCUUCCCCCUCUUGAACACUCUCCUCCUCCACGGUGCUGCAGCCGAAUCCUCAGCAUACGCGGUGGUGGCGGCUGUGGAGGCAGCCUACAGCAUCGCCAGCAACUCAUAUAGCCCUCCCAGGCUGUCGGUGGACCAACUGCGGCUGGCCCUCUCCUCCAACUGCGACGACAUGCCUCCGCGCGAUGUGCUGGCCUUCCUGGUGGCUGCCACGCGCAAGGGAGGGGGGCUCGUGGAUGACGCAGCAGCAGCGGCCGCCAGUCCACACAGCAUGGCGUCCGCCGGCCGGCGGGAGAGACUGGCCGCGAAGGUGAAGUAUUACGGAGUUCAGGGCUUUGAGGAGAGCUCGUUUGGAGGCUGGCUAGGCCUUUUGUUGGCAGUGCAUCGGCAGCCAGUGAUUGUGCAAAUUGAGGCGUCUGCUCCAUCAUUCCUCGACUACAAUGGGACUCGGAAGUACUCUGAUGCCAGCUGCUUCCAAGAUGGAGUGAACCACGCUGUUCUGGUGGUGGGAUAUAGUAUCAAGGGGGACCCGUCCAGCCCUUUCAGGCUGCCUGCGCCCCUCUGGGUGAUCCGCAACUCAUGGGGCAGCGAAUGGGGGGCUGCAGGGCACAUGUUCAUGGACACGCAGAGCGGGCCGGGCGUUUGUGGCAUCAACACACUGCCAGGCAUCUUCCCCAUCCUCCGAUCUACUACUGACCCGUGUGGCAGCAAGUCAGUAAUGCUGGAAGGCUCAUCAGAAGUGCCAGCAAGCAACGCGUUCAACCCGUGUGGGCAGUUCAAGUGCUCCAAGGCCAGAGCAUCCAACCGCUGUGCCUGUGCUGCUCCCCACUUUGUCCAGGCCUCCCACCCCGACGGCUCCAACACCUGCGCCUAUGUAGACGCCUGUGGGCUGGCAGGCAGCAACCCGUGUGUGGUGGGCACGUGUGUGAACGAUGGCAAGGGCAGCUACUCCUGUGUGUGUCCCCCGGGGUUCAUUCAAGGCACCACCGCCAAGGGAACCCUCUCCUGCGCUCCUGGCGAUAGCAAGGGCAGCUACACUGUGCGUGGCAGCAACGUGUGGUGCCCUCACUUGGUGCCCGUGCUUGACCUCACCCUGGACGAAAUUAAGCAGCAGAACAAGAAGCUCUCCUGCUCCAAGCCCAUCCCACUGGGCUCCAAGCUGACCGUCGUAUCGCCUCAACUUCUUCCCAGUUCCUCGCUCAUCUACACCACCCACCUUGGCGACAGCUGUGCAUCGAUUGCUUCGCUCUUCGGUUUGAGCAAGGGGUGCCCUGUGGAGGGCGAGGCAUGUGAGGAGGCGUUGGUGGGGCUCAACCCCGGGCUGGACUGUGGAGCACUCACGGGCAGGCAGGCUGUGUGUGUGGAGCGGGAGGAGAGCAAGGCGGGGAUGGUGGCAGUGUGUGACCAGCAGUAUGAAAUGGGGGGAGGUGAUGGCUGCGAUUCUGCAAGAAUGGACGUGAAUCCGCCUUUGAGCCCUCUGGAGUUCUAUCGCCUCAACCCAGGCAUCAACUGCAACAACCGCCUGCCGACUGCCACGAUCCAGGGCUUCUCAUAG